AUGUAUUCAAAUGUAAGACCAUAUAAAAUAUUACAAAAAGUAAAACCAAGCGAAAAUAGUAAAGAAAAAGCAAAUGAAGAAAAUAAAAAUUACAAUAAGCAUAAAAAAUAUGAAGGCAUAAAUUAUUAUGAAGAUGAUAGAAGGUAUAGAUAUAAUAAAUAUGUAAAUCAUUACAAAAAAAAAAAUAAUAAAAGUUACACAGUAGAUAAUAAUUAUGAAAAAAAUAAUAAACAGUAUAAUAAAAAUGGUGAAAAAAGUAGCAAUAAUGUUGUAUUAAAAAAAACGGGAAAAGAUAUGUUGAUAUCUUUACUAAAAAAAGACCAAAUGUGUGUAAAAAAAAAAAAAAUUGUUAUUCGAAAUUUACCUCCAACUUUAAAUGAAAAUAAUUUUUUUGAUUCUUUUUCAAACAAUCUUAAAGAUGAAUUGGAUUAUUAUUAUUAUGUUAAUGGAAGUAUAGGAAAAAAUUCUCAUGAUGAUAUUAUUCAUUCGCGUAUAUAUUUAUCCUUUAAAGAUUAUAUGAAAACAGAAGAGUUUAUAAAAACACAAGAUGGAAAAUAUUUUUAUGAUACAAACGGAGUUAAAUAUAAAGCAAAUGUGACAUUUGCACCAAAUCAAACAAUAAUACAUAAAAAUCGAAUAGAUAAUAGAAAUAAUACAUUAGAAUCAGAUCCAUAUUUUUUAAAAUGUUGUGAAGAAAUGCAUAAUCCUAUUGAGCCACCAAAAAAUGAUAUAGAUUAUAAUGAUAUUAUUAAUGUAGUAAAAGAAAAUGAUGAUAUUAUAUCUCCUAUAGUUAUAGAUUUAAGAAAAAAAUUAAAAAAUACUAAAGUAAAAUAA